AGAGAGAGAUUUUAAAUUCACCAACCGGUGGUUACAUGAAGUAGUUCUCAAAAUACUUAGAACCCAAGACACCCCACCUCCAAACAACAAAGACUUACAUUUGCCCUGAAACAAUUACUCAAACAACAAUAUUACUACUAUCACUACCACCAGCACCACUUCCAAAUGACAACGGCACAGCCUCAGACUCUGCCCAGCCGCCAAAUCCAGUUCCUCUUCACGGUCGCAUUGGCCUCUCUUCUCAUCCUUGGAAGCGCGCGAAUCAUGCUCGACAAUCUCAAGAACAACCAGAACCCUUUUCUACGGCUGCUACAUCUGACCAAGAGGGAUUACAAGGUGGUGAGAUUGCCAGUGAAUGUAUCGGAUGAUGAAGUGAUUGAAGAUGGGUGCAAUGUGUUUGAAGGGAAAUGGGUUUGGGACAAUGUUUCAUUCCCAGUUUAUGGAGAGAGUUGUCCUUACUUGGUUAAACAGGUGACUUGUAGAAGGAAUGGGAGGCCUGAUUCUUUUUAUCAGAAUUGGAGGUGGCAGCCUCAUGCAUGCCAGUUGCCUAGGUUGAAUGCUUUGAAGUUGUUGGAGGUAUUGAGGGACAAAAGGCUUAUGUUUGUAGGAGACUCAAUACAGAGAGGCAUGUUUGAGUCUAUGGUCUGUUUGGUUCAAUCUGUAAUUCCUGAGGGUAAGAAAUCCCUUCAGAGAAUUCCUCCCAGAAAGAUUUUCACAGCCGAGGAUUUCAAUGCAACAAUUGAGUACUUCUGGGCUCCCUUCAUAAUUGAAUCUAAUUCAGAUAAUGCAAUAAAUCAUACUGUGAGAAAGAGGCUGGUGAGGCUUGAUUCUAUUGCUAAACAUGGCAAACAAUGGGAAGGAGUCGACAUUCUGGUAUUCGAGAGCUACAUAUGGUGGAUGUACAAGCCUCAGAUCAAUGCAACAUUCGGAUCUCCUUACGAUGUCAGAGAGUAUAAUGUAACCACUGCAUACAGACUGGCAAUGGAAACAUGGGCAAACUGGAUCGAAACCAGCAUCGACCCAAAUACUCAGAAAGUCUAUUUCAUGAGCAUGUCUCCAACACAUCUAUGGGACUGGGAAUGGAAGCCUGGAAGUCAUGAUGGAAACUGCUUCAAUGAGACUCACCCAAUCCAAGAUCCAUCAUACUGGGGAACUGGUUCAAAUCUUCACAUCAUGGAGACAGUAAGAGAUGUUUUGAGCCAACUGCAAAUUGAUGUAACAUUUUUGAAUGUCACCCAAUUGUCAGAUUACCGGAAAGACGGUCAUACCUCGGUUUACGGUGAGCGCAGAGGCAAGCUCCUGACAAAAGAGCAGAGAUUGAAUCCAAAAACUUUUGCAGAUUGUAUUCAUUGGUGUCUUCCUGGAGUCCCUGAUACUUGGAAUGAGAUUUUGUAUGCGCAUAUAUUAAAGGAUUAUCGAUCAAAGAGGAAUAAACUUAGUCCUGCUCCAUUGUGAGACAUUUUUGUAGACUAGUCAUAUUUUUGACAUGGUCAAAGAUAUAACCAUAUGUUUCUCCCCCUAAGUUGGUUCAAGGCUAGUGCUAAGCCGGGUUUGGAGGUUCCCUAUCGAAAAUUGGACCUAGUACUUUUUCUCAAUAAAAUAAAAAACAAAAACAUA